AUGAGUUUGGUAGGAAACAAAUGCGAAUCAAUAUCCCUUGUUGAAGCAAGUAGAGAUGAAAUCCUUAGUGAAGUUACUCCAGAUGAUGUUUUGAAGUUAGACAAAAUUACAGAUACCUACUUGUGUAGUCCUGAAGCAAACGUAUACGAUAUAGAUUUUACGAGAUUUAAAAUUCGUGAUUUGGAAACGGGUACGGUUCUUUUCGAGAUUGCUAAACCCCCAACAGACUUCGGUGUUGAUAAUGAGGGCGGUGAAGAUGGAUCUGAUGAUCCGUUGGACCCCAAUGCCGGGCGGUUCGUACGAUACCAAUUUACGCCGCAGUUUUUAAAGUUGCGAACCGUUGGUGCCACAGUUGAAUUUACUGUUGGGGCAAGACCAGUUACUCACUUCAGAAUGAUUGAAAAGCAUUUCUUUCGGGAUACACUACUGAAAACAUUUGAUUUUGAAUUUGGGUUCUGUAUUCCAUUUUCAAGAAAUACCUGUGAACAUAUUUAUGAGUUUCCUACUCUUCCACAUGAUCUUGUUGAAGAAAUGAUUGCUGCCCCGUUUGAAACUUGCUCAGACAGUUUCUACUUUGUUGACAACCAUCUUGUGAUGCAUAACAAAGCUGAUUAUGCCUAUAAUGGAGGAAUCAACAAUUGA